AUGCACGAUGCACUGAUUCCUUGCUUACAGCACUCUGGAAGAUUUGACAAUUCCUACUUGGAGGAGGAAUGGGUCAUCGUGCCCGUCUCGCUGCGUAUCACUGGUUACUCGCCGUCACCGAUUCCCGCCUAUGCCGACCGGCCGACAAUUCAUGUUGAGGGCGAAAUGGGCGGCGUGGGCUGGGAUGGCGGUAUCGAUAUCGCGGACGAGGACAUACGGCGCGUGCACGGGACUGUAAGCGUGCUCGCCGAUGGCAGCGUGCGAUGGUCUAUAACGUCCCUCGACGAAGACAAUGCGACGGACCAAUGGGCAUCCGAGUCUGUCCAGCUCGGCGGGGUCGGAUCGGCGAUGGGUAUGCUCGGGAUGUGGACAGGGGCACGCCACGAGGAAGACGAUCCGGUCGGUUAG